AUGGCUUCUCAGGGACCAUUACGGCCUGUCGAGCUACCUUACUGGCCGACCUGUAGGGAAGCGCUGAGCUGGUCCGAGCAUGAUUUGGCUGUUGCUGCAGGUGAGGUCGUGCAUAUCCUAACGCCUCGUGACGUGUUGAGCCCGCAAGAAGAUCCCGGCCAAAAGCAGUGGCACAAAUUCACGCUUCGGGUGAACCAGUUUGAGCAGGCAGAGUGGCCAUAUCAGGAGCUUGCCAAUAUCAAGCACGUCUCAUUCGGGGAGGAAAUCUCCGAUUCCACUAUUGUCUCUCUUGCGUGGUCUCCACCGGGAGUAGGUCUACAUCGCAGGAGUGUGCUUGCCGUACUAACGUCGAAUCUCGUCCUAUCAAUCUGGGAGACUGAUGGAAGGCUGGGCAUGUGGAAGCGGACUUGCAUAGUCAACCAGCACCUUCCGGCACAUGUCAACCGACAAGAUUCUUCUCAAGCCAGACGACAGAAGCGUAUACGGGCUUUCUGCUGGCUACCAUCAGUCGCAUCUGCUGCAUCGCCCUUGUGGUCCCCGACUUUUCUAGUGGUGGCAGAUGACACUGGCACCAUAUUUAUCUUUCGCGUCUGGAAGAAUAAGAAUGGAGUCUAUGGUCAUUGGUCAUUUGAAAUGGUCGCUCAGCAUGCCAUCGGCACCGUGGACACCCAAAGUCCUCUAGCUAUGGUGAGACUCAGUCUACGAUCAAUCAUCCCGCAUUCUUCUCCUGUGUCGAAGCUCGAGAUAGUUGGUACUGGAGCUAAUGGAGAAAUCCUUUCAAAGGAGUUGCUUCUGCAAGUGAGCAGAUAUCGCGACACUUUGCCUCAAACGUUUGCAGUAAACAUCGAAGAACCAACCCAAGGGAAAGCCGCGGAUCCACGAGGUAAUACUUUCAAGGUCUCCAUCACAGAGUUUACAUCAGGCGGACGCUGUCCCAACAGUCGUCGCCCUUCUGAGAGUAUCUUCGAAGUGGCUAUACAGAAGCCCCGAUCAGAUUUUGACGACAAGUUCAGCCUUGGUGGAAGAAUCCGCCUCCGUUACUAUGGCACUUCAUACUCUCCUGACAAGUCCCAGGCUGCUGCUUGCAUCUCGCUGCAUCCUGCGGACAUGAUCGAAUAUGGUAUACCCUCAACUCAACAUACGAAGGUGGUGUUUGCUCAAAUCAAAGAGCACGUCAGGGAUGGAAGGCUCAACAAGGAUGCGUCUGCUGUCCACGAAGAAAUUCUGCAGUAUAUGGCAAGCACUCCUGCAGACUGGAUCAAGAAACCCCUGGAUUGGAAGAUCGCCAAAUCUGCCACCGCCCACAUCUUCGGAAGCUACCAGCACUCAAAAGCACUUAGCAGCUGGGCAUACUCGACGUUGAAGCUGGUUUCAGCUUUGUCAGAGUCAGAAGAUCGCAUCAAGGAAGGAAAUACAUUGCCAGCCUCCAAUAAAGACAAAGAGAGCCUUACCGCAUCCGGACGUGGGAAUGCUGUCGCACCGGAGAACCAGGAGACUUGUGAGAUUUGUGAGAUCUGUGACGCAGUAAUCCCAUUUUCAGUACCUCCAAUAUCAGCGAGAUGUGACAGAGGACACCAAUUCAGUCGUUGCAACCUCUCCUUCAUCGCUAUCCAAGAACCAGGACUAUCCAAGUACUGCGCCAAAUGCGGUAGGCAAUUCCUUGAUGCUGCGAAGUUGUCGCUGCCUGAUGGUCCAAGCUUGAGUCAAGCGUUAUUCGACAAGUUCGAUGUUUGCCCAUACUGCCAAGGCAAGUACCGUGGUUGA